AUGGUGCUCUCGCCAAAUAGGCUUGGCGAGGUGAAGUAUGCAAUUAUAAAGAGGGGGUCUCGUCGAACAGGCCUCGACAAGACGGAAUACGAAAAUAAAGAGAACAAAGGAGAAAAGAGUAGCAAUGCUCUAGGUGUUUGCAGAGGAUUUCUGGAUCUUGUGGAUCUUCAAGGAAUAGGGGGUCUUCUAUUUAUAUGGAGAGGAGGUUGGCUUCUUCAAGAUAUUCUUCCUUUUCUCCAAUUGGAAAACUUCCUCUUGUCCUUGAUUUAUUUCCAUUCUUCAAGUCGGCAUAUAUCUCUCUUUACAAUUUCCCAAAUAUUUGUCUUUCUCCUCAAGACUUGCCAUUUAUUUGAGGAGGUUAAUGAUGAAGGCGGGCUGACCUUGCUAUUGUUACUAAUUGUGACGGGCUCAGGGAAAUGUGCUAAUUUCUCCUCUAACAAGGAAGGUAAGGUUUAUAGAGAGAAUGUGAAGGACAUGAAAGGAGUGUUUGGAGACAUGGAUAGGCAAGAUCGUUAUGUUGAUUCUUUCGUGGAUUAUCUUGUUGCUAAUCGUUAG